GGGCACAGAGUCGUCUGGCAAGACUGCGGGCAACGAGUCAACUGGCGGAACAGCGGGCAUCGAGUCAACUGGCGAAACAGCGGGCAUCGAGUCGUCUGGCAAGACUGCGGGCACCGAGUCGUCUGGCAAGACUGCGGGGGCACCGAGUCGUCUGGCAAGACUGCGGGCACCGAGUCGUCUGGCAAGACUGCGGGCACCGAGUCGACUGGCGGAACAGCGGGCAUCGAGUCAACAGGCACGACAGUGGGCACCGGGUCAUCAGGUAUCGGAUUGUCUGGCUCGACAGCGGGCAUCGGGUCACCAGGCAUCAGGUCAUUUGGCUUGCCAGCGGGCACCGCGUCAUCUGGCAAGGCAGUGGGCACCGGGUCACCAGGUAUGACAGCGGGCUCUGAGUCAAUUGGCACGACAGCGGGCACUGGAUCAGGUACCGAAUCAUCUGGAUCAACAGCGGGCAUCGAGUCAACUGGC